AUGCCUCCAAAGAAAACAGCAGGAUCGGGAUCAGGUGCCAAAAAAGCUCCAGCUAAGCGGAAAUUGGCAGAGGAGUUCCCACCUGGGGAGGUACUCACCGAUUCAGCCAAAAAGCAGUGGAAAUUGGGACUACCCAUUGGACAGGGUGGUUUUGGACGUCUUUAUCUUGCUAAUGAAAAUGCUAAGACUGUUGGACCAGAUGCUCCAUAUGUCAUAAAAGUGGAACCAAGCGAUAAUGGGCCCCUCUUCUCAGAGUUGAAAUUCUACAUGCGUGCUGCUAAGCCAGAAAUGAUUCAGCAAUGGAUCAGCUCUCAUAAACUGGACUACCUUGGUGUGCCCAGAUACUGGGGCUCUGGACUGCACGAGAAAAGUGGAAACAGCUACAGGUUCAUGGUGAUGGAUCGAUUUGGGAAGGAUUUUACAGAAGAUUUUUGAGGAUAAUGAGAAACGGUUCCCUCACAAGACUGUAUUACAGCUAGGGUUAAGACUGAUUGACAUUCUGGAGUAUAUACAUGAACAUGAAUAUGUACAUGGAGAUAUCAAAGCUUCCAAUCUUCUCCUUCAUCACAAAAAUCCAAAUCAGGUGUACCUGGUGGAUUAUGGCCUUGCCUAUAGAUACUACUGCCCAGAUGGUGUUCACAAGGAGUAUAAAGAGGAUCCUAGGAAGUGUCACAAUGGCACAAUAGAAUUUACAAGUGUUGAUGCUCACAAAGGAGUCAGUCCUUCAAGAAGAGGCGAUUUAGAAAUUUUGGGUUAUUGUAUGAUUCAGUGGCUCUGUGGCAAGCUGCCUUGGGAAGACAACUUAAAGGACCCAAAUUAUGUUACCAGCUCAAAAAUAAGGUAUUCUGAUGAAAUCCCAACACUUAUGGACACCUGCUUCCCUGGGAAAAAGAAACCAGGUUGA